GGGUUUUUUUCAUUGAUUUUUCUCAGUUUAUUUUAUUUUAUUUUAUCAUUAGUGAAUGUAUAGAGUCCACACUCCAUUCCAGUUGGUGGCGGUAAUGCACCAUAACGUUGAUUGCCAACCGCCAUAAAACUUUACGAAGAAGAAGAAGAAUAAGAGUGCCUGACUCGUAGACGGGGCACUUGAAGGCAACAUCGCAUGUAAACAUUUUGUAACAAAUCAUGGCUGCACCGUUUGUCAGGAUUUUGUCAAAGUCUUGCAGACAGAUCUCUCGACCAUGGGGUGCAUGCCAGGCUGGAUGGAGGAGCAUGUCCAACAGACCUUCCCCAGAUAUGGCUUCAGAUCAAGCAGCUGGGGUGGUCUCCUUUCCUCCACUUCAAACAUAUUCAGAGGAGGAGGGCAUGAUGAGGGAAGCAGUGAAAAAAUAUGCACAAGAGCGCAUUGCUCCGCUUGUGUCAAAGAUGGAUGAAAAUUCUGCCAUGGAUGAGGAAGUGAUCAAAUCUCUCUUUGAACAGGGUCUCAUGGGCAUUGAGAUUGACCCAGAGUAUGGUGGCACUGGCUCCACAUUCUUCUCCUCCAUUCUGGUCAUUGAGGAGCUGGCAAAGGUGGACCCCUCUGUGGCCGUGCUCUGCGACAUCCAGAACACACUGAUCAACACACUGUUUGUCAAACUGGGUACACCAGCUCAGAAAGAGCAAUACCUCAGCCGACUGUCAACUGACAUGAUUGGAAGCUUCUGCCUCUCUGAAGCAGAGUCGGGGAGUGAUGCCUUUGCUCUGAAGACACGUGCUGAAAAACAUAAGGACUAUUACAUUAUCAAUGGAUCUAAGAUGUGGAUCAGCAAUGCGGAGCAAGCAGGUGUUUUCCUGGUGAUGGCCAACGUGGACCCCUCUGCUGGAUACAGAGGCAUCACCUGCUUUAUCGUGGACCGGGACACAGAGGGGCUGGAGAUUUGCAAGAAGGAGAACAAGCUCGGUCUGCGUGCUUCUUCCACCUGCCCGCUCAACUUUGACAACGUCAAGAUACCAGAGAAGAACAUUUUGGGUCAGAUCGGUCAUGGGUACAAGUAUGCCAUUGGAAUGUUGAAUGAGGGCAGGAUUGGAAUUGCUGCUCAGAUGCUUGGGCUGGCACAGGGUUGCUUUGACCACACUGUUCCUUACACCAGACAGAGGGUGCAAUUUGGAAAACGUAUCUUUGACUUCCAGGGCAUGCAGCACCAAAUAGCCCACGUAGCAACACAGAUUGAAGCUGGUCGGCUGCUGACAUACAACGCUGCUCGUAUGAGGGAAGCUGGGAGACCAUUCAUUAAGGAGGCCUGCAUGGCUAAAUACUUCACUGCAGAGGUUGCAACCCUAACCACAUCUAAAUGCAUUGAAUGGAUGGGAGGGGUAGGCUUCACCAAAGACUACCCCAUAGAGAAAUACUACAGAGACUGUAAAAUUGGUACCAUUUAUGAGGGCACGACAAAUGUCCAGCUAUCCACUAUGGCCAAGUUCAUUGAUAAAGAGUAUGACUACUGAAACCAUCUGAUCGGAGCCUGAUAGAUUGCACUCUGCUAUUACACUCCAUACUCUUUUCUUCAAAUGACUUUGGUGGGAUUAUUGUAGCAGCAAUGCAUUGCUGUAGAUCUGCUUUCGUGUUUCUAGAGUUUUGUUGCAGUUUCAGAUGUUUAUCCUCAAUAUUACCAACUUUUACUCUUGUUAAGUAGUUCCCACUACUGAUGUUACUGAUGUUGUGGUUACAUUUCCCCAGCUUUAUGGUUAAAGUUGCUCUGGUGUAAUGAUAAUUAAUUAAUUUUUCAUUUAGUUUCUAUCAGACUUUUCCAAAUGUCUAGGAAUAAGUUUGUCAUAUUUAGAGCUCUACCACUUCCCUCUUCUCCAUAUUUGUCUUCUUCUGCUUAUUGAGAUAUGGUGAUAAAUCAUGUCAGAAUAACGUAAGUGAUCCAUAUGUUGCAAUAUGAGUAUCUUUUUGAAAUAUAUUGAUUGGGAUUUUCUUUGAAUAUUUCAGUGCCUUCAGAAGGUCUGCUGUGAUUGAGAUCAAUAACUUAAAAUCUGUGUUCCAUAAAUACUCUACAGCUCCUUGUUGGGGAAAUGAGGAUGUGAUUUCACAUCAUAUCAAGACAUUAUCUAUAAAGAGUGAUCUGUCAACAACAAGCAAUAUUAAUAAAUGUGAAGUUUCUGUAGUGAAAUCAA